AUGGCUCAUCAUAAUCAUUUGGUUAAUAUGUUACUCGAGGAGGAAGAUGAAAUCAACCAAGAUUGUUCUUUGCUCGCAACAGUGGUCAUGGAGGAGGAAGAAGAACGUCUAAUGCAACACCAAGGUUCUAUGCCAGGUCAUGCUGUCAUUUGGCUUGAUCAAUUUGAAGGUCAUAAAAGACUUUAUCGUGACUAUUUUGCUGAAACACCGAUAUAUCCUCUCCACAUAUUUCGAAGGAGGUUUCAAAUGAGUCGUUCGCUUUUUCUUCGAAUUUUAUCUACCAUCGAAGGUUUUGAUCCAUAUUUUGUGCAAAAAAGAGAAGAUCUCGACGUGCUUGGUUUGUCUCCUCUUCAGAAGGUAACGUCUGCAAUAAGGAUGCUUGCUUAUGGAGCAUCUGUAGAUUCUGUAGAUGAUUAUGUACGAAUUGGAGAAAGUACUGCUAUUGAAAGCCUUAAAAGAUUUGCUCAAGCGAUUAUUGCUUUAUUUUAG